CGUUGCGGCGGCGGCAGCGGCGGCGCGAGAAAACACACAAAACCCCACGACGACGACGACGGCGGCCACCGCGAGGGUUUAGCUUUCCUUCUCCUCCCCGAUGCCUCCGCCUCCGCCUCGCCGCGCGCUCCUCGCCCCCCUCCUCCGCCUCCGCGCCUUCUCCUCCUCCUCCUCCUCCCUCGCCCACCACCCCCCGUUGCCGCCUCCCCCGCGCCGCCACCAGUUCGUCGCCGCCGACGCCAUCACCGGCCAGGGCGGCGGCGGCAAUCCACUGGACCCGGCGCAGCUCCUCCGCGACGAUCCGGUCGCCAUAACCGCAUCGCUGUGGGUCUCCUCCUUCCGCCCGCAGCCGACCGCCGCAGCGCCACCGCCGCCGUCGCUGUCGCCGUUCCUGUCGCGCCUCGAGCUCUGGGUGCUCGCGUACCAGAAGGCCUACGCCGACGAGACGGGCUCCUACCUGCCCCGCUCCUCCAUCCCGGCCUCCACGCUCUCCUCCCUCCUCGCGCUCCGCAACGCCGUCCUCGACGCCCGCUUCCGCUUCGGCAACCGCCUCACCCCCUUCCUCCGCUCCCCGCGCGCCGCCGCCGCGGCGCAGGACCCCGCCACGCUCUCCAAGCGCAAGCUCCGCGCCCUCCUCACCACCCCGGGGCCGGCCCCGUUCCAGGACCGCGUCGUGCAGGAGCUCCUCCUCCUCCUGCUCGAGCCCGUCUACGAGGCGAGGUUCUCACCCAAGUCCUUCGCCUUUCGCCCCGGCCGAUCUCCGCACGCCGCCAUCCGCACCAUCCGCCGCAGCUUCGCGCCCUACCUCUGGUACAUCAAGGGUGACCUCUCCCCGCUCCUCCACUCCCCGGACCCUGCCCUGGUCGUCGGCGCGCUUAUCCGCGAUGUGCGCGACAAGAAGGUCGUUGAUUUGGUUCGUUCGGCAUUGCUCACCCCACCUGUGACCGCGAGGCCCGGCGAUGAAGAUGCGGCGAAGAAGAAGAAGAAGAGGAAGUACCAGAAGAAGAAGGUGCUUCCAGAGGGAGAGCCGAAGCCUGACCCCUACUGGUUACAGACAUUCUUUGGGUUUGCGCCGGAGGAGGCACUCACCCAGCCUGAUUGGGGGCAUUGUGGAGUGCUGAGCCCAUUGCUUGCCAAUGUGUGCUUAGAUGAGCUUGAUAAAUGGAUGGAGGAGAAGAUUAAGGAAUUGUACAGGCCGUCCAAGUCGGAUGUUGUGGGAGGGGAGGAUGGAGUUGAGCAGGGGAACACUUCAUGGCCAGAGUUUGUCCCCACGAGCGGCCCUGACAAAACGAGGAAGGUGGACUACAUUCGAUUCGGUGGCCAUUUCUUAAUCGGGGUGAGGGGUCCGAGGGCAGAUGCAGCAGUGCUCCGAAAACAGCUUGUUGAAUUCUGCGACCAGCGGUUCAGGAUCAAGCUUGACAACGAGAGCCUCCCGAUCGAGCAUAUCACUAAAGGGAUCAUGUUCCUUGAUCAUGUGCUGUGUCGUCGUGUUGUGUACCCGACUCUCCGUUACACAGCCACUGGAGGCAAGAUCAUCAGCGAGAAGGGGGUUGGGACUCUGCUCUCUGUGACAGCCAGUUUGAAGCAGUGCAUCAAGCAGUUCCGGAAGCUUGAGUUUUUAAAGGGGGACCGUGAACCAGACCCACAACCGUGCUUCAGGAUGUUCCAUGCCACACAAGCUCACACAAACGCGCAGAUGAAUAAGCUCUUGCUGACAAUGGCAGAAUGGUAUCGUUAUGCUGAUAACCGCAAGAAGGUUGUCAACUUCUGCUCAUACAUUAUAAGGGGGUCCUUGGCAAAGUUAUAUGCUGCCAAAUACAAAUUGAGGUCGAGGGCAAAGGUCUACAAGAUUGCUUCAAGGAAUCUUAGUCGACCAUUGAAGGAUAAGAAAGGGCAGUCGCCGGAGUACCACAAUCUGCUGAGAAUGGGUCUUGUGGACUCAAUUGAUGGACUUCAGUAUACACGGAUGUCGAUGGUUCCUGAUCCUGAUUACACACCAUUACCAAGUGGAUGGCGCCCUGACCAUGAAAAGAUUUUGCUGGAGUAUAUAAAGCUCACAGAUCAACAAACCCUGGAUGAGCAGCGAAGCUGCAUUAGGGAGGAAGGACUUAUAACUCCACAGGACUACAUUUCAAUGCUUGUAUGGAGCUACAAGAAAAAUGCAGUUUUACUACCUUCGUUCAAAGAGAAUGAUCACAAAGGAUCCACAGAGGACUUGGGUUCAGAUACAGAUGAAUUGGGUGAUGAGGAAAUAGGAAAUCUGGACCAUGUCGAUUCCCCAAAGGUUGCUGAAAUGCCAUGAGUGUUGAAUUGAUGAAAAUGACUACUACUCUCAUACUCUGAAGGGGCAGUUAACAAGAUAGCUGACUGAUGCUGCUGGAGUUGCAAGAAAUCAACUAACUCGUGGUGAACAUAAACUAUGGUAUAGAGCUGUAAUGUGCCUGUCAAAUCUCUUGCAAUCAGCUGGGCUGGUUCCUAAGUGCCUAACUAGAUGUCUGAUUCCUACUCAGGGACAUCAAAUUUUGUGCAGCUUCAACUUCAACAAUAUUUCUCAAUACUCAGGAUUAUAUUGGAUGCUUGCUGCGGUGAGAAAGAAGCCAGAAUGGACAUUCAGAGGAUCAAACUUUGCUGCCAGACUGUGCAUCUGCAUGCAGAACCAGCUGCUUACCGCCAAGCUUAUAUUUUAGUAAGACUAGCGGCCUUACCAAUCCUAUUUAUACAUCUCCAGCGCAUUUGGAAAAAUCACAGUGUACACAUUCUGCCCAAACGUCCUGUUCGUGCAAUUUUCUACUCAUCUGUAGAAUGUUUUACAGAAAGCAGAGGUCACAGAAUUUACUUAUAGAUGAUACUAAGUAGCAUCCUUGCUUUUUGGUAGAUUUGCUUAUCUAUUGCUUUUUAUACCAUAUUGUGGUCUAAUUAGGCUGAUUGGAUGCUUGGUCAGUUAUUCUUAAAGAUAUGACUGGAAACUCUAUCUAAUAGAAUUGUAUUUGUUCUAUCUGUUUGUUCUUAUGUUUAUAACAUUUGUCUUUUUAAGCAUGGAAUACUAUAGUCAACAGUAUGUUGUUUGUAAUUAGCUAUAAAUUUGGAAACUCCAAAUGACAAUUUCUUCAAUGGUUCAGUAGAGAGUUAGCACUGAAAGUUUCACUCUGCUAACAAUCAUUUCACAUUUUAUUGCUUUUAUUUGUUUCCAUUGGGCAUGUGUAAUGUGGGAUGCACCUUAUGUUGGAAGACAGAUAUUAGCUUUGACUUCUGCACAGAAAUUACAGUUACUUUAGUAAAUUAACAGAGAGAAAAUAAACAAACAGGCUUGUAUGACACAGAUAACGGCACUGAUUGCUUCUGCUAUGGUUUGAUCUUUACAUUUGACAUGUUGCCUGACUGGUUCUCUCAACAUAUGACUUUUUAUUUAGAGCAUGAUCUACAUCUGUUUUUUUUUAUAAUAUCACAUUGCUUGUCCUCUGCAUUCUUACCCCUGUUACAUCUAAUUUUGUGAAAAUGUUUUCUAUUGCAUUAGAGGUCGGGCUGUAUUUAUAGUUGUAGUGCUGGAUGCAACUGUAGCUACCCAUCCUUGCAUGUUUCUCUUCAGUUUUCAUGAUGAAGUUUGUGUUAUUAAUAACACCUUGCCGACUUUCCGUCAGCACAGAAUAGAUAUGAACCAUUUCUCCACCAUGUUCUGAAACAAGGGAACCCAAGAGAAGUUGAAAUCAAGCACAUGAUGUACAGCUAAUGUUAAAGCUUCUUUUGCAAUGAUAGGUAUACGUAAAUUGAAAUUUGUGUUUUUUCCUACCAUAGAUAGCUACCAUAAACCUGUGAGCCUUGUACGUUACCUGGUUCUUUGUUGAGGGUCACAUGAUUACAACAGUGUACUGACAGCAAGGUUGGAGCUUUAUUUCUUCAGUAGCUAACAAUAGUGAAUGCGAACAAGCAACUGCACUGUCUCUACUGUAUGCAGAUCUCCCUAUUGAAGUCUUCCUGCUACAUUAGGCACAGUAAGUUCUUGGUAUGCCGUAUGCAUCAGCUUGUACUGAACAAACAAUGACCCUUAUUUAACAACAAAAUGUUCUCUUGAUCUCUUUGUAUAGUGAACUUAAUCUAGGUCAGAAAUCUGGGGUUUUGUUGUACUUUCAUUUAUAUAAAUUACUCGUCGUUAUUGUGUUGGGGUGAUGGACAUUUGGUGGCAAAAGCAUGUUGCUGGAAGUGCACGUAUGUGCCUAUUUUUUUUUUUUUUAAAAAGAACAUUUCUUAUGCUUGACUUACAUGUUUGAUGUUUCUGCAAAUAUCAGCAUGUAAUGCUCAAUAAUCCUGAUAGACUCCAAACACCUGGAUUAAGCUAAGUGUAACUGAAGGACUAUCAAGGAACUUACAGUCUCAGAAACUACUGUGCGUCCAUUUUGUUUGAGGAAUAUAAUAAUCUAUUAUCAUGGUUUUCUGGGAUGAUCCUGUUUCUCAUUUCAGUUAGCUAGCGUUGUGGAUAUUAGGAAUGAGGUGAUGAUGGAAAGACUUAUUCCAAAUGAUCAGGAACUCUUUGAUGCUAGCACCAACCUUUCCUCGAACCAAACUCUGUAGGUACACUGUAAGUGAACGAUGGACUAUAUACUUUCUUUAUUUGAUAUUUGUCAAUUCUAGGCAUUUCUGCAUCAGUUUUAAGGGGACAAGCAACAACCAUGUGCCUUUUGGUCAUCUAAGGUCUAUUGGAAAUUAAAAAGCGUCAUGUUUUUUUAAUGGAAAAUAAGCCCUAUUUAACAACUCCCAUUUUGUCUUAUUCUGCAUUCUGUGCUCAGGAACUGGUGCUUGUAUGCCCUUGUUUGUGCUUUAUGGUACCUUUUCUGCCAACCUAUCGUAAUGUUGUACGGUACUGAAUUCGUUGCCUCCUUUCAGAAGUGUGGAUCUGGAUGUGAAACUUGGGUCCCAUCGACCACAGUGAGGUGCUUUUUCCGACAGAGACAAGCCUAUGUUCAUGCUCUUGCAAGUCACAGAAGGAGAAGGCUGAGAAGCAAAAGAAGAGGGUGACAAUGCAUUGAGGAAACUGGACUGGUAGCUGUGUUGUCAUCGUCAUCGGACCACCUUGUUGCCAUCUUUCGCACUGAAAGAAAGCCCCAGUUCAACUCCAUACAUGUAUGACAUGGCAAACAGGAGAGCUGAAUUGCAAGGUAGGAUACAACAUCACUCGAAGAUGUGGGGACUAGCUCAGCAGUUCUGUUGGACCUACGGCUAUACGUUGCCAUCGACGAACGCAUGCUCUACGUGCUGUGAUUCAUGUCGCCCUUGAAGGUUUCCCGCACGAAAAUGUGGUGAAAUUUCGCCCAAUUCCUGAAGGAACAGAAAAGCGACUGACGGGAAUGCACUUUGGGGUAGGCAAUUUGAUGGAUUUUGACCAAAAAAAAAUUUAAGUUGGUGGCAUGCAUGCAAGGUCACGCGCCUCGGUCAUGUGAGAAAGCGCGGUUCCUACAAGGAAAGGAAAGGCGUUUGUUCUGUGUAAAAAGACCAGAAAAGAGCACGUACAUCGUGUGGUGUAGCAGAGCAGAUCGUAGUUCAUUGGUAAAGAUGGAAUUUGGCAGCCAAUGACGCUUAAGGUGAAGAGAAUCCUAGUGCAGUUUGCGAUACAGUUACAUACACAUGUUCUUUAUCCAUGGGUAAUUGAGUAGUAGGAGCAGAAAUAGCUUUUUCAUAGGUUUAUAAGAUAUGGAUUUUAGGAGAUGAAAUAUGCCACGCGCGGCAAGGCGCCAUGAUCGCCCAAAGCAUGCGUUCAUCAUCUCGUCUCAACGUGACUGAUGCCAUGGCUAUUCCCCCGAGGUAGGCGAUCGAUCGAUCGAGCACUAACCCAGCCGCCCAUUGUUGGACCAUCAAGCUCAUCGAAUCUUCGUUUCCGGCACAUGUAUAGCUCCUCAUAUUGUACGAUUUCUAUUGCGUUUCGCCACAUAUAUAGCUCCAUGUUGUCUCAA